AGGGAGAGAAAGGAGUGACGGCUGGCUGGAGACAACAAAACUCGUCCAUUCCAAAUUUGACGUGCCAGUUCGCGACGGAAAAGGGAAAAAUACGGAUAAUUGAGCGUUAUUCGAGGUGCUAGAAUGUUCGGCGCGUUUCCGGGCGACGACCUGGAGGACGACCCGCUCAUGGGUUUCCACGCUCGGGCCAUGAACCAGAUGAGCGUGAUGAUGAAUUCGGUGAUGUCGGAGACGUUUGGCAACGUGAUGGGCGGCAUGGGCAUGGGCAUGGGCAUGCCGAUGGGGCUGCUGGCGCCCGGCAUGAUGCCGCUGAUGCCCCGUCCCCGGGGCCUGGACCCCUUCAUGGCGCCGCCGCCGCCCGCCGCCAACGGCCUGUCGUUCAGCUCGUCGUCCGUCACGUCGAUGACCAUGGGCCCGGACGGCCGGCCGCAAGUGUACCGAGCGACGUCGACCACCAAAGCAGCGCCCGGCGGGGUCCGCGAGACCACCAGGACGGUGCAGGACUCCAAGUCGGGCGUCAAGAAGAUGGCCGUCGGACACCACCUCGGUCCGAGAGCACACAUCGUCGAAAAAAGCCAGGACACACGCACCGGACAGUUUGAGGAAAACGUCCAGCUGGUUAAUCUCUCCGACGACGAGACGGAAGAAUUCAAUCACGAGUGGGAGACGGCGACGCGGGGUUACGGGUCUCGUCGCAGCGCCGUCGGAGGGCAGCAGCAGCAGCAGCGGCGGAUCGCGCACUACGGUGGCGUCACCAUCGAGGACGUGACCGAAGACACAAACAGGCAGCAGCUGGCGCUUCCUCCGCCACCCAGCACUUCCUCUCAAAGAGUGAGACCUCCAAAGAGCCCUACCACUUCCCUACCUCGCACAAGCCAUGAGCGCGGAAAGAAACGCGACCACCACGGCUCGGGCGGAUCUUCGCGGGCGGCGAAGCAGCACAGGAGCAAGCACGACUACUGAAGUUCACUGACGCUGGCGGGAUUUGUUUGCGAGCGCGUGUUUUAUCUUGAAUUUAGUUUUUUUCCUUCCUCUCACUCGGGACCUACGGUUUACACGUUGCCUCGGAUGAGAACAACACCAACCAAAAAUGCUGUUAUAAUUUUACUUGAACCAAGCAUAUACAUAUAAUUGCUGUGUACGUACGUGUAUUCUUUUCAUUCAUACAUUCUCAGUUGGCCAGACAGUGACCGACCGGCACACAUUUUUAGUCUUAAGUUUUCCGACGCUGCGAAAAGCUAUGUGAAUAAAUUCUUGUGAAUUAAUAAAUAUCGUCUAGAA